AGGAGGUUUUUUGUGAUUAACUUACUAUAAUUAAUCGGUUCCUUUUUACUGCUUUUUUAAUACUUUUUUCUUAAAAUACUUUUUUAUACUUAAAGCUGCUUUAUAUUGCAGGAAUCUCAGCUGAAUUAAGAACAAAAUAAGAAGAUAAAGAUGACAUCUAAAGUUAAAGUUGGAAAAGGGAAUUCCAGAAACAAGGAAGAUGCUCCUCAUGAGCUGGAAAAUCAAUAUGUUCUUCGCCUACCACAGGAGUAUGCAUCCACCGUGAGACGGAUUGCCCAGUCUGGCAGCAUGAAUAUUAAAGAUAGACUCACCAUAGAGUUGCAUGCUGAUGGACGUCAUGGGAUCGUAAGAGUGGACCGUGUUCCUUUAGCCUGCAAAUUAGUGGACCUGCCCUGCAUUCUUGAGUCCUUGAAAACCGUCGAUAAGAAGACCUUUUACAAGACUGCUGAUAUUUGUCAGAUGUUGGUGUGCACUCUGGAUGGAGACCUGUACCCCCCUCUAGAGGAGCCCACAGGCACUACUGACUCUAAAACAAAGAAAAAGGACAAAGACAAGGACAAGAAGUUCAUCUGGAACCAUGGCAUUACCUGCCCGUUAAAGAACACGAGAAAGAGGCGAUUCAGAAAGACAGCAAAAAAGAAGUAUAUCGAGUCUCCAGAUGUGGAAAAAGAAGUGAAAAGGCUUUUGAGCACAGAUGCUGAAGCUGUCAGUGUCCGAUGGGAAGUGAUUGCUGAGGAUGAGACCAAAGAAGCUGAUAAUAAUUUAACCAUUUUGGACUCACCUGGAACAUCUGGCCACAAGGGUCAUGGCUCUUCAGCACCAAGAGAUGAGCUGCGGGAGAUCUUUAAUGACAUCAGCAGCAGCAGCGAUGAUGAGGAAGACGACGGCGACCGGCAUGAAGACGAAGACCUUAACAUUGUGGACACAGAGGACGACAUGGUGGGUCGGCUCCACGAGAAGCUUAACGGAUCUGAUGGAGGAAGAGAUGAGAGCAACAGCAGCAAUCAGAUUGUGAUGGAGUACCAAGUGCAGAUUAACAACAUCAAGACCAAACUACAAGAGACACGUGCUCGCAAGAAACAUCAGGAAGAUCUGAUCAUGAAGGUGGAGAACCAGGCUCUAAAGACCCGUUUUCAGGUUCUGCUGAACGACAUUAUCCAUCAAGAGGAGUGUGAGAUGGAGCAGCUGGCCUCACUGCAGGAACAGCUGGACUCUUUGAUGGAGAAAUGACCAACAGGGGGCAGUGCCAUCGCUUACAUCUGAACUAGCUCGGGCUUGAAGCAUAAUGCUGGAAAUGACACUGAUGUGAUUUGAAUUUGUUUAUUCUCAAUAAAUUGAACGUGACUCUA